GCCUCCGGUCCUCGGUGCGUCUCCGGUGAUCUCGUCGGUUUCCCGGCCGGUCGCGGUCGAUGCCUUCGGCGGAGUUUGUUGGCGGAUGCUUCCCGCCCGCUCGCCCGCCUGGAUGCUCGCUCUCAGCCCCGCGGCGCUCGUUCCCGCGGACGAACGCGAUCUCCGUGUUUGCUGGCGGAGGACGCGCGCUUGUCGGUGCGUCGCGGCAUGACAAACAGCUCCAGGCGGCUCCGUCCAUCACAAGGUCACGGUGAUGAUCGCGGCGGGCGCGGGAAACGUCCGCUUGCUCACGGGCACGCCGGCGUCUCGCGCCGUCGGUGCUGGUUAGUUUCGGUGGGUUUGACCGCAGAAAGACGAUCCGUGAUCUGCAGGUAGAUCACAGCUUCUGGAUCACGUGAUCCGUGAUCUCCAGGUAGAUCACAGGGAUGCUGAGGUGGUCACGCGGAGGUUUCUAGCACGAGCUCCUUCCUCUGCUAACGUUCUGCUUUGAGGUGAUGGUGGAUAUUAAGCAGGUCAGACUCAGUCGGUUCGGUUCAGGAAGCGGCAGCAUCAAAGGGGGCUGAUGAUGGAGGUGAACCGUGAAUGAAACACCUGUGAUGACGUCACACACCUGCCUGUGCAACGUUGUCAUCUGCAAACCAACCUGUCAAGUCCUGCAAAUGACGGCUGGCAGACCCCAGGUCCGUGAAGACAUGACCGCCGGCUGAUGGAGUCGUCUCUUAACGCCGUGGAGCUCCAGGAGCUGCGAGGACGUCGUUCUCCCCCGGCAGCCUCGGCGCCUUGGUCAGGUUCCUCAGUGGGGGGCGUCGGCAGGGGGUUCGAGAACGCCUCCUACCAGCAGGACGAGGAGCAGACCCUGCAGCAGGCAGAGGGUCUUUCCCCCUCCACACCCGGCCAUAGUAAGCAGCAGCCAGCAUGUUCUCCAGAGUCCUACAAUGAUGAGGACGGAGCUGCAGAGGCAGGCGGGGGGCAGGACGACAGGCGGGUCGACGACCGCUCCGCCGACUUCGGCUUCAUACUGGCGCUGGUCCUCCUGGUCAGCGGGAUCGUCUUGGUGGUCAUCGCGUACACCAUCCCCAGGGAGGCCAAGGUGGACCCGGACUCGGUGUCAGCACGUCAGAUGGAGAAGCUGGAGAUGUACUACGCCCAGCUGGGGUCCCACCUGGACAAGUGCAUCAUUGCGGGGCUGGGCCUGCUAACCCUGGGGGGCAUGUUCCUGUCCGUGCUGCUCAUGGUCUCCAUCUGCCGGGGGGAGAUGUACCGCCGCAGGGCGGCGUUUGUUCGACCCAAGAGGACUUAUGGCUCCAUCAACCUGAGGAUGAAGCAGCUGGCCACGGGGGAAGCAGGAGGAGGUGAGGGCGGGGAUGGAGGGGGGGACUAUUUAGUGGAAUGUACCGAAGGUCGGAACCAUUUUCAGCCGGAAUCAAACCAGAAACCAGAACCAAGACCUGCUGCUGCUGCACCUGCAUGUGGGGUUUAACUGCUCAGAAGGCUCUCUGAACUCCGAGUACUGCCCAGUUGCAUUAUGGGGAGUCCCAGGUCACACCAGCACCGUGGCGCCUGCUGGAGACACCAGCUGUGAUCCAGCUCCUCAUCUGUGAUGAGCCUAAUCCACAAUUCGUACGUUAAGUUUAUGAAGAGGUUGUGGAGGUGAAAGUCUGAGCAGCAAGAACCAGAAUGUCCGCCUUAACCUUUUAACCACAGAUGAAGCACAGCCAGAAAACGCAGGAAGAAGACCACCGUCAGAACCUGACCAAACUGGAGACCGCAAUGGAUGGAGUCCAAUCAGGAUCAGCUUAAAGUGAACGAAAAAACAGAUUGAAAACUUUAAAAAAAAUAGACAUUGUUACUGAAAA